AUGUUCAAUCCCCUGUUCACUUCAGCUGCAAGGCAGGUAAUACCCAAAAGACUAUUGUCCUACAAGCCUACAAAGGUUUAUAAUUUUGAAGAAAUCAAAAGAUUAGUGGAACACCCCAAAAGUUCGAAGUUAUUGAUCGAUGUGAGAGAACCCGGAGAACUUAAGACAUACAAAAUGCCUACUGCCAUUAAUAUACCUUUUAAUACUUCGCCAGGUGCAUUAGGACUUAGUUCAGGUGACUUUGAGGAUAAAUUCAACUUCCCCAAACCAAGCAAAAGUAAGGAAUUGAUCUUCUUUUGUGCAAAAGGAUUAAGAGCGCAAAGUGCUGAAGCAAUGGCAACAUCAUACGGUUAUACAAAAACUGCAAUCUAUCCAGGAUCUACCGAUGAAUGGUUAGCUAAAGGUGGAAACAAUAUUAAACCCAAAUAA